CAAGGCAAUGUACAAUUAUUGAUUUGGCACAGAAGUUGACUUUGCAACAAGUGUUUUGCUUAUCUCUGGUGUUGAGUUUCUCACAACGUAACGAUGGCGGAGUCAUUCCUCUUCAGCAUUGCGGAGUCCCUUAUGGCAAAGCUUGCUUCUCGAGCUUUUGAAGAAGCUUCUCAGGUGUUGGGUGUAUACGAUCAUCUCAAAGACUUUGAAAAAACUCUCUCAUUAGUCCAGGCUAUGCUGUUAGAUGCUGACCAAAAGCAAGAGCAGAAUCGUGAAUUGCAAGAAUGGUUGAAGCAGAUCAAAUGUGUCUUCUACGAUGCUGAAGAUGUGUUGGAUGAAUUUGAGUGCCAAACACUACGAAAGCAAGUGGUCAAAGCUCACGGUACCACCAAAAACAAGGUAGGUCACUUCUUCUCGACCUCUAAUCCACUUGUUUUUCGUUAUAGGAUGGCUCAAAAUAUUAAAGAUAUCAACAAGAGGUUUGACAAGCUUGCAGCUGAUAGGCAUAAGUUUGGCCUUCAAAUAAUUCAUGUUGACACACGUGUUGUUCAUACUAGAGAACUAACACACUCCCGUGUGGCCGAUUUAGAUGUGAUAGGAAGGGAUCAUGAUAAAGAAAAGAUCAUAGAGCUUUUGAUGCAGAAGAAGCCUAAUGAUGAUGAUACAAGUCUCUCUGUUAUUCCCAUAGUAGGGAUGGGAGGCUUGGGAAAGACUACACUUGCAAAGUUUGUGUUCAAUGAUAAGAGAAUAAAUGAGUGUUUCCCAUUCAAGAUGUGGGUGUGUGUUUCUGAUGAUUUUGAUAUUAAACACUUGAUUAUCAAAAUUAUCAAUACUGUCAAUGAUUUAGCUUCAGCUGAUGCCCCUCCUCUCCAACAUAAUUUAAACAUGUUGGAUCUAGAGCAACUGCAAAAUCAAUUGACAAACAGACUUUUUGGUAAAGAAUUUCUACUCGUUUUAGAUGACGUGUGGAAUGAAGACCGUGUUAAAUGGGUUGAGUUGGAAAAUUUAAUACAAGUAGGUGCUGCAGGAAGUAAAAUUCUAGUGACUACACGUAGUCAUUCCAUUGCUUCCAUGAUGGGCACUGUUCCCUCUUACAUUUUAGAAGGUCUUUCUUUAGAGGAUUCAUUGUCUCUAUUUAUCAAAUGGGCAUUUCAAAAAGGAGAAAAGGACAAGCAUCCUCAUUUGGUAAAUAUUGGGAGAGAUAUCGUAAAAAGAUGCGGAGGGGUUCCAUUGGCAGUGAGAACAUUAGGAAGUUUACUAUUCUCAAAAUUUGAGGCAAAUGAAUGGGAAUAUGUGAGAGACAGUGAAAUUUGGAGUUUGUCACACAAAAAAGUUGACAUUUUACCUGCACUUAAAUUAAGUUAUGAUCUCAUGCCAUCCUAUUUGAGACAAUGUUUUGCAUUAUUUUCCCUUUUCCCAAAAGAUUAUGAAAUCACUACUUUUGAGAUAAUUUUACUUUGGGGAGCACUUGGGCUCCUUACUUCACCAAAAAAGAACAUGACACUUGAAGAUGUUGCCAAUCAAUAUUUAUAUGAACUACAGUCAAGAUCUUUUCUCCAAGAUUUUUUGAGCUUUGGCACUUAUUAUGUAUUUACACUACAUGAUUUGGUGCAUGAUCUUGCUCUAUUUGUUGCAAAAGAUGAGUGUCUAUUUAUAAAUUCUCAUGUUCAAAAUAUUCCUGACAAUGUUCGACAUCUAUGUUUUGCUGAAAGAAAUUUGCUUGGUAGUUUAUUCACCACAAAAUCAGUAGCUGUAAGAACCAUAUUGUUUCAAGAUGAUACAAUAGGAUUCAAUGGUGAGACUUUACUAAAUACUUGUGUGUCAAAAUUCAAAUACUUGCGAGUUUUGGAUUUAAGUUAUUCAACAUUUGAGAUUUUUCCUCGUUCCAUUGGCAAGUUGAAACACUUGAGGUAUUUAAGCAUCAUGAAUAGUCACAAUAUUAAGAGACUCCCUAAUUCUAUUUGCAAGCUCCAACAUUUGCAAGUGUUGAAACUUGAUGGAUGCACAAAGUUGGAAACAUUGCCCAAAGGAUUAAGAAAAUUGAUCAGUCUCCGACAUUUGGAGAUAACCACAAAGCAAUCUAUUUUGCCAGCCAAUGAGAUUGUCAACUUAAGCUCGCUUGCAUUUCUAUCUAUUCAGUCAAGCCAAAAUUUGGAGUUUAUCUUCACAGGGGAGAAAUUCCUCGCUCUUCAAACAUUGAGUGUUUCUUCCUGUCAAAAUCUAAAGUCUUUGCCUCUGGAUGUUAAAAAAUUCCCUAAAUUAGAAAGUUUGGUUGUCAAAGACUGUGAUAAUUUGGACUUGGAACUGUGGAAGGACCACCAUGAAGAACAAAGCCCCGAGUUGAAGUUAAAAUAUGUUGAAUUUUGGGAUUUACCACAAAUGGUGGGCUUGCCUCAAUGGCUUAAAAAAACUACCAACUUGUUACACUCCUUGUUCCUUUUCAAUUGUGACAAUCUUGAGAUGCUUCCAGAGUGGUUGUCAACUUUGACUAAUCUAAAAACACUUGUUAUAGAAAAUUGUCCAAAGUUACUAUCUCUCCCAAAUAACAUCCAUCACCUCACUGCACUUGAAAUUUUGAUAAUUCAAGGUUGUCCUGAAUUAUGUAAAAAAUGUGAGCCUCAUGUGGGAGAGUAUUGGCCUAAAAUAUCACAUAUCAGAGAUGUUAUACUUGAAGAUUCAGAUGAAGAGUAAGAAGAAAUAGACAAAAAGCAAGACCAACAAGAAUGCUUUGAUGGAUGAGAUAAGUGUUAAAGUCCUUAUUUUAUGUAUUUAUUCUUUAGAUUUUUUUUUUAUAAAAUAGAAAUCUAAUUUGAUAAAUUCAGGGGUGCUUUCUAUUAUGUAGAUUGUGAUUCUUGAUGAUAGUUCACAUCAAAUCGUACAUGGAUAACUUGUUUUUGGUGUAAGCCUCUUUGAUUAUAUCUCUUUAUCUUUCAGUUUUUCUUUCGUGAAAAUAAAUUUGUAUUUUCAGUAAAGACAUUUGAUUUUAGAACCAUCAUCAUAAUUGUGUAAUACAUCGAUUUUAGUUAUGUUUUUCGAAAUUC